AUGCGAUCUGUAUUCCUUGCUGCACUCCCAUUGGGUGCGUUUCCCAUUCUUAUCUUGCCAUGCUCGGCGACCUUUGAAGCAUCUGGUCAUGGACAUAUCGAGUAUCCCAUAAGGCACAUUCCGCGAUCAGUCAGCUCCUUCGGUGAAGUCUUCAUCAACAACGAGAAAUGGCUCUACACAGUCGAGAUCGCUAUUGGAAACCCACCACAAAAGACAUUAGUCCAAGUCGAUACUGGUUCAAGCGACCUCUGGGUCAACGCAAACUGUUCCUCGGCCCCGGCUGAAUUCGGUCAGCAAGAGUUAUGUGAGGAAGUCCCCCGGUUUGACCAUAGGCUAUCGAACUCUAGUAAGGGCCCCCUUGGCUCGAAGCUGUUGGGAUAUGGGUCUGGCGAUGAGCUUAAUGGUGCUUUGGUGGACAUUUAUCAAGAUACAGUGACUAUCGGAGACAUCAAGGUUAGGAACCAGAUGUUCGGCGUCGCUUCCAAUAGCCGAGGUUUGCCGAUUGGUAUCAUGGGUCUUGGUCCAGGUUUCAACGGUUCAUUCGCUGUCAACGAAUCACAUCCUCUUCUUUUAGACUCUAUGGCGAUCCAAGGAGCUAUCACUAGCAGAGUCUAUAGUCUCGCACUUGGUACCGCCGAUGACAAGCAAGGCUCUCUGAUCUUUGGUGGUCUUGACAAAGGCAGGUUUUUUGGAAACUUGUACAAGACUCCAAUCGUGAAGAGUCGAGACGGCGGUUCGAGGCUCACAAUCAACAUCUCCUCCAUUGGUGCCGACGCAGGUAACGGUAGCACCAAGGCCUAUCCUCUGAAAGACACCAACUUCCACUUAGAUAGCGGCCACACCUUCUCCAAACUCAACAAAGAACUCGCCGAGCAAAUCUUCCGAGAUGUUGGUGCCGAGCUUGAUAGGGAGCUAGAGUUCUACAUGGUCGACUGCAAACUCCGAGAUCAUGCAGGGGGGCUCGUUCUUAACUUGGGAGAAAAUACAACCAUCACUGUUCCGCUUCGGGAGCUCAUAUACACAGCUCAAGGGCUCUGCGCAGUUGGAGUUGAGCCUGUUGAGGAGGGUAAACAGCAGAUCCUUGGGGAUAGCUUCUUGAGAGCUGCUUAUGUUGUAUUCGACUUUGAUAACAAGAAUGUGCAUAUUGCUCAGGCUGCCAACUGUACUUCGGAGAUCGUGGCCAUCGGAGCAGGAAGCGAUGCUGUUCCCUCUGUAACCGGCAACUGUCAAGCUCCGGGUUUUGGUACAGGGAAAGUUUCUGCUGCGGCUCAUUGUUUUCCAGGUGGGAUUCUAGGUAGCCUAGUUCUAGCUUCAGCCGCAAUUGCUAUGUUGUCGGCCCUGUAG